UCCCGGAAGUCGGCCAUAUUGGAUUGUUGACACUAGGAACCUGUUGGAAACCGUUAUAAAAUAUUUUCAGUUUUUCACAGUUCUCGAUCGGUUAUCGCAGUGUCAGACUAUGCCGUCGAGAGCAGAAGAUAUCAUGAAAGGGUUCAAGUUAAAUUGGAUGAACCUUAGAGAUGCAGACAGUGGGAAAAUCCUGUGGCAAUCUAGUGAUGAUUUAUCAUCACCUGGUGUUGAACAUGAGGCAAGAGUUCCUAAGAAGAUUCUGAAGUGCAGAGCUGUUUCCCGGGAAAUCAACUUUUCGUCAAAAGAGGCCAUGGAUAAAUUCAGACUAGAACAGAAAGUAUUAUUCAAAGGAAAAUGCUUAGAGGAAUGGCUGUUUGAGUUCGGGUUUGUAAUACCUGGUUCCACCAACACAUGGCAGAGUGUCAUAGAGGCAGCUCCAGAGAGCCAAAUGAUGCCAGCAAAUGUACUCAAUGGAAACGUUGUGAUCGAGACUCGUUUCUACGAUGAUGCCGUGCUAGUCAGUACCUCGAAAGUGCGCAUAUUUUACGUCUAGCGAACCCCCCACACCACCCUCCAUCUGUCAUUGUAAUGAAAACAAAUAUGCGAGACAUGGAACGAUAGCAUGUGCUGAAAGAUUGUGUGCUUCUUAGCUUAUGACAGAGAUCCUGUGACUGUGAUUAUGUUUAAUGCUCCAACAUUUGAGCCACGCUCUGUGAAAACUGGGUUAAAUGCAUGUGCCUAAAGUGUUUCUCCAGAUGCAGGCUUAUCAUGUAGGAAACUUUCUGCUUUUAUGGAUUUUUAUGCCUCUGGUAGGGUGGCAUAUAGCAGUUGAACUGUCCGUCAGUCCGUCAAUCAGUCUGUCAGUAUGUGCGUCCGUCCAAAAACUUUAACAUUGGCCAUAACUUUUGCAAUAUUGAAGAUAGCAACUUCACAUUUGGCAUGCAUGUGUAUCUCAUGAAGCUGCACAUUUUGAGUGGUGAAAGGUCAAGGUCAUCCUUCAAGUUCAAAAGUCACAAAAUACAAUCCAAGGGAAGUAAUAAGCUUUAAAUGGGAGAUAAUUUCUUAACCUGCCUAAUGAGAUAUUGAAAUUUUAUUUCAAAGCGGCUUGUGUUUCUGACAAACACAUCUCUUGUUUUGUUUAAAGACAGUCUCUUCUACAGGAAAAUCUUGUUGAAGCGCAUAGCCUGUGCACACUUCACAGGCUUAUCUGGCACAAUGCUUUAGGUACAUGCAUUAGGUCCAUUAUUCCAGAGGCUCAUUUGUUUACAUUCGGGCCCACAUUUGUUGAAUAUUCUUCAAUGUGUAGUACAUGCACAGUGUACCAGAGUAGGUUUGACUAACUUUUUUAUAGCAAUAGUGUGCAUUAAUAAAUCUGUUUUACACACAUUAAAUUUUGAAUGAAAAUUGUAAGUGAAAUAAUCACAAUAAAUAUAUAUUGCAAUAUUUUACAACAACAAUUGUGAUUAAUGAAGAAAGAUUUACGUGAGGAAAAAUCAAUAAAUAGGGCUGCUUCUCGUGUGAAAACUUUUUUAUUGGGCCUUAGGCUAUUUUUAGCUCACCUGUCACGAAGUGACAUGGUGAGCUUAUGUGACCGUGUGAUGUCCGGCGUCCAUUGUGCAUGUGUGUGUGCGUUCGUCCGUCAACAAUUUGUUUGUGUAGACAGUAGAGGUCAAAGUUUUU